AUGUUGUUGACGACUUUUUCAAGAUCACCUGCCCAGUGGGAGCACGUGCUUUGCGCGGCGGAAGAGUCAAAGGCCGUCUACAAGCCCGCAGCAUGCAGCGACGGGCGGCAUAUAUUAAAGGAAACUCGCACAGGAAGUGAGAAAACGACGAUUCUACAUCGUCGGGAAGUCGAUGGGACUCCCACAGUUUUCAUCAGUGUUCGUGGCUCACGAUCCAUUACCGACUGGAUGGUCAACUCCAACUUUGAGCUGGCACCUGCUGAGGAGUUGGGUAAUGGCAUGACUUGCCAUACCGGCUUUCUUUCUGUGGCUCGUACAAUGGAAAGUCGGGUCUUUGAUGCAGUGAACGACAUCCAUUCACCUACAGAGGCGCCGAUCAAUAUCGUCUUCACAGGACAUUCUGCUGGAGCUGCAGUGGCACAGAUCCUUUUCGGCUUCGUUCAUGGCCGCAACACUCGAUUGUCAGCUUUGAAGGGUGAUCGCACAGUCAGCUGCAUCACCUUUGGAGGACCACCUAUAACCUCAUCGCCUAUCGUCGCUCCAGCGUCGUCCCUCUUUCUAUCCUUCGCCAACGAGGGUGAUCCAGUCAUCCUGGCUCAGCCGAGUUAUAUACAGACUCUAUGGAAGGUUUAUGCUAUAGCACCCGCUAGCCUUGAGCUGCCCGUAAGUCAGUAUAUUUGGAGUGGUCGGUGUAUUAUUCUUCGUGAUGUCGCACCAGACGAGAGCGAUAAAAUCGAUAUUAAGCCCUUCGAAGUCCAGCUAGAGAUACUACGAAAUAUUCUUUUCGGGAACCCUAUUAUGCAUAGCAUGACUUUAUACUUAGAGAGGAUUCUCUUGCAAAGAGAGCUUAAUUAUUAG